GGCUUCUCAUAUCUUUCCGCCAUGAGCUCAGGCGGGCAACAGAAGAUUGUUGGUCAAAAUGACCGUCAAUCAGACGCUGCAGUCUCUUCCAUCAAAACGAUUACCGAAGAUGGAGAUUUGAUUCUCGAAUAUAUUCCACCAAGUGACUUGGCAUCACCCACCAGUCGUAAAUGGCUGGUGGCAAGCCGACUUCUUGCUUCCAACAGUCCAUAUUUCCAAGCGCUCCUGGACCCCGAGAAAUUCUCCGAAGGCAGACAGUUCAAUACCCAAAAAAAAGCCUGGAAUGACUCUCAUGCGCCAAAUUCUGUUUCACAUAAUGCGCUACCAACAGUCACCCUGCCUGGGAUCCAUCCGACACGAAUGUGCGGAGAAGAUGCCAUCGAAUUAUUCUUGCGCAUUCUGUGCCUUGAGUCCGCCGAUGAGACGGAAAAGACGGCAUUUGAAAGUGAUCUUAAAGUCCAGUCUCCCUCUCUUGUUGCCAGGCUCAUUGAACUUGCGGACUCAUUCAACUCCCCCCGCAUUGUGCGGGAUACCUUGCGACGGGUCGGAUAUUUGUAUGGCAAAGCAAAGUCUGCCCCUCUGACAAAAUUCAACGCCGGUCUUUUGUCUAGCAAAGAAGACAGGAUUCGACAGAUCAUCUUCAUAUCCAGCUUUUUGGGCGAUGUCAGAAUCGUCAGAGUCAUGACCCACACCUUGAUCAUUGUCGGCUCCAGGUUCUGGACCCAUGGGCUGGAAAGUCCCGAGGAAGAGAUACUACGUUGGAAAUACUUGCCAUAUGGACUUGAAGAGGAAAUAUACCAUCGACGCCAACUAGUGCUGAAUACUAUAACUGAUAUACAGGCCCAUUUCCUACGUGUAUAUGGGGGCAUGGAAGAUAUCGACACCUCAAAGCCAGCAAACAGCAGAACCUUAGGUGCAGCCUUUACGGCAUCUGCACCCGCGCUCCUUCACUCUCGCCAAUUUCAAUGCAGGGGCGGAUUCAACAAUGCCAGCCAAUGUGACCUAUUCCAAUUAGGCCAAAUGAUUCGAUUCUUCUCUCUGCGAGCCAAAACUAUCUUCUUGGGCUCGACAUUGAUAGAUCCCGACUUCAGCGCCACUUCCGAGGAUGAACACACAUUGGGUGAAAGCAGAAACGAUCAACCAUCCGGCCCGCCUUCGGAUAUCACUGCUAUCAUCUCUUCUCUCAAACAAUACCCCGACUACCCAAUCGACGAGGCUCACACUGGAUGUGGGGUCAGACGUCGAAUCAUGCCCGCCUUGGAAUGUGUUGAGAAGUUUGCUUGGGAUGAUCGGGGCUUGCUUGGCAUCGUUCUUGAAAAUUCGAAUACUUCUGAGCAAGAACACUCCCACUCUUUGAAAUGGACUCCGUGGGCUGAGCUUUUGCAGAAAAAGCAUUCUGUGGAUAUCUCUUUUGCGAGGGUCACUGCUGUGUACUACCCCUCGGCACGGUCGAAUAGUGUUACUCGCUCAACUCCGCAAGAUGAGCUUGCCCGUCUGCUGUUCACUGCUGCCAAAAGGGAUUGGAGUGCAGCAGGCUCUGGAUGA